AUGGCUGCAAAGAUGUCUUUUCUUCUCUGUCUGAUGCAGGGUGUCCGGUGUGGAGACUGGAAUGUGUCUGUCCCCGAGACUGUGGAAGUCAUGGCGGGAUCCCUUCUGACUCUCCCCUGUGUCCGGUGUGGAGAUUGGAGUGUCUCUGUGCCCCAGACUGUGGAAGUCAUGGCGGGAUCCCUUCUGACUCUCCCCUGUGUGUUUGAGAUACCAAGUCAAUUUGAAAAGGACCUGAAUUCCAAAUGCAUAACAAAAUGGGAAAGUAAAGAGCCCUCUACCAGUCGUUCAAAGUUAAUGGCAGCUAUAAAAACAACAGGAGACGUAACAAAGAAAAACUGCACCACAACCUUCGAUAACUUGUGUCCUCAUCACUCUGAUACAUAUUACUUCAGACUGGAAUGUUCCAAUCCCCUGGUAUGGUCUUUUAAAGAUACACUGGUGAAUCUUGUUGUGAAAGAUUCACCUAAAGACACCAGAGUUUCUGCCAGUCCAUCUGGUCCAGUACCAGAGAACACAGCUGUGACUCUGACAUGCAGUAGUGAUGCCAACCCUCCAGUAAAGAACUACACCUGGUACAGAGCUGAUGGACACCAGGAGACUGUUAUUGGGACUGGACGUGUUUUAACCAUCAAAGCAUCAACUGUUAGCAGGUUCUUCUUCUGUAAAGCUGGAAAUGACCUCGGAGACGGACGCUCUGAAAGCUAUGAAGUAGAUGUUCAGUUUCCUCCCCAGAUCCUGCUCCCAUCUGGCUGCACCAAAACUGCAGACCAGCUCAACUGUUCCUGUCAAAGUACAGGAAAUCCUUCUCCUUCUCUGCAUUGGUAUUUGGAUGGACAACAUGUCAAUCAAUCUGGCAAGUUUGUCGUGAGCACAGAUUCUUCAAAUGACAAACAUGUGAGGAGCAUCAUCACAGUGAAUCAGCCACUGGAGAGAAAUCUGUCCACCUUGGUCUGCCGCAGCUUCAACCAUCUCGGAACAUCCAGUCUUCGGUUCAACAUUAAUAAUCUUCAAAUUUCAGCAGAAUGUAAAGAUCCUGUGCUGUUGCUUGUAUUGGUCAUCAAAUCCGCCACUCUGUUAGGAUUAGGAUGUGUCCUGGUGUUUUUCAUACGGGCUCUUAAUAAGCACUAUAACUCCAGGAGUCAGAUCACCAAUCGAACCAUCACAUCUGCUGCUGCAGGAAACCGUCAGACAGGAGCAGAAGAUGAGGUAUUGAACACACCUGACGACAGCAUUUAUUACAACAACAUUGAGCUUUCAACUCUCAGCUAAGCAGCAGUACCUUUUCAAACUCUGGCAAAAAAAAAAAGAAACAAAAUCACACAUGUGAAGUACUCGGAUCCAUCUGCUGGCCCCAUCCUAGAGGAGGAGAAGCGUAAAGCAGGGCCUGUUUGUAGAAAUGUUGUCACCAACGCUGUGGAGAUGGAAGAUCUGUAUGAAAGAAGUCAAAAUGUGAGGCAGGAAGUGUAGCUGGUAGUGCCUAUCUGGAGGAGGAGAAGUUAAAAAAAAGGUUGCUUAGCUAACUUAAAUAACUGCUUUUUUUGGGCUUGGUACUAAAUAAUAUACAAUAAAGCGAAAUAAUAAUAAGGCUCCAUGCCUGUGUUGUUGUUGUUGGGAUUUUUUUGUUUGAUAUUUAGAUGCAAAUAG